GACUGCGGCGCGUUGACGCUCGACGCCACGCCCUGCGCGCGCAGAUCUGACUCACGACGACGCGCUUCAUCCUGCGCACAUUCAUCCCUCACAAGAACAGCGGACUCCAGCCAUGGCAGAAGGAGACGCGUCAGAGGCUGCUGCGCAACGUCAAGAAGGAGGUCAAGCAGAUCAUGGAGGAGGCCGUGACACGCAAGUUUGUGCAUGAAGACAGCAGUCGCAUAUUCUCUUUCUGCGGUGUGGUGGAAGCGUGUGUUCUUCACGGUCUGAAGCGGCGGGCCGCUGGAUUCCUGCGCAGCAACAAGCUGGCGGCUCUCUUCAUGAAGAUGGGGAAGAUGUUUCCACCAGCCGAGGAACUCUGCAGAAAAGUUCAGGAACUGGAGCAAAUCAUCGAGAACAACAAAACCAGGGUCAGAUGAGUCAAGAGAGCGUCCGGAAACAACCCCGGGCUCCAAACCUGUCACCGCUGGCCAUCAAACACCUGUGGCUCCGCACGGCCCUCACAGAGAAGCUGCUGGACAAAAUCAUCCUGUAUUUGGUGGAGAACAGCAGCAAGUUCUAUGAAAGAGAAGCUUUGCUGAGAGAUCCAGUUGACGGCCCAAUCCUCGCAUCGUUGCUUGUCGGUCCCUGUGCUCUGGAUUACACAAAAGCCAAGACAGCCAAUCACUUCUGGACAGACCCCUCGGCUGAUGAACUGGUGCAGAGACACCGCAUUCACAGCGGACACUGCCGGCAGGAUUCCCCCACCAAACGCCCGGCUCUCAUCCAGAAGAGACAGUCGAGCGGCAGCAUGGAGGACCGGCCGUCUCUGUGGGCGCGGGAUUACGUCGAAUCUCUUCAUCAAAACUCCAGAGCCACGCUGCUCUUCGGGAAGAACAACGUCCUGGUGCAGCCGACGGACGACAUGGAAGCUAUCCCAGGAUACCUCUCUCUUCACCAGACGGCCGAUCUGAUGACGCUCAAGUGGACACCGAACCAGCUGAUGAACGGAAACAUGGGGGAGCUUGAUUAUGAGAAAAGUGUAUACUGGGAUUACGCCAUGGCCAUUCGUCUGGAGGAAAUCGUCUAUCUGCACUGCCAUCAGCACGUGGACAGUGGAGGCACUGUGGUCUUGGUCAGUCAGGACGGGAUCCAGAGGCCUCCGUUUCGCUUCCCUAAAGGCGGUCACCUGCUGCAGUUCCUCACGUGUCUGGAGACGGGCCUCCUCCCUCACGGACAGUUAGAUCCUCCGCUCUGGUCCCAAAGAGGAAAGGGAAAAGUGUUUCCAAAGCUGCGUAAAAGUCGUCCACAUGAAUCCAGCGAGUCGUUCUCGGACAAAGAUGAAGACGAGGCCACAGAUUAUGUGUUUCGGAUCAUAUAUCCUGGCAGUCAGGAGUUUGUGGCACCGGAGCUGAUGGAUCAGACGGUGAACAUGUGGCAGCCCACGCCCAGGAAGUCGUCUUGUUCUUCCUGUUCACAGAAUGGCUCUUCAGACGGUGGCCUUCUCAACGGAUGCAACCAUGACAGGGCUCCGCUGAAGCUGCUCUGCGAGACCAUGAAGCACCAGAUCAUCUCCCGCGCUUUCUACGGCUGGCUGGCGUACUGCCGUCACCUGUCCACCGUCCGCACGCACCUGUCUGCUCUGGUCAACCCCACCAUCGUCGAGCCGGACAUCCCUUAUGAUGCCAGAGACGGUCUGUCCGCAGACGUGUGGAAGACCUUUCUACAGGACAGCACUGCGUUCGAGGAGGAGGAGCUGCUUCGUCUGGUGUAUUACGGCGGCGUGGAGCCGUCUCUGCGUAAAGAGGUCUGGCCCUUCCUUCUGGGACACUAUCACUUCAGCAUGAGCCUCACAGAGCGCAGAGAGGUGGAUGAACAGGUUCGAGCCUGUUAUGAGCAGACCAUGAGCGAGUGGUUGGGAUGUGAGGCCAUCGUGCGUCAGCGGGAGAAGGAGCAGCACGCCGCAGCUCUGGCCAAAUGUGCGUCGGGCGCCAGCGUGGAGCGUGACUCGCGCCAGGACUCCAACAUCAGCACGGAUUCGUCUCAGAGCAGCAGCUCCGAGAAACAGAGCCACGCCGGAUCACACGCCGACUCCAACAGCAGCACUCAGGUGUUGGGUUCUGUAGACGAGGUGGACCCGAUCGAAUCUGAGCCCAAACCCAAAGAUGGGAAGCCGCAGCCCAAAAUCCCAAACGGCACUCUGCCCAACUGCACCAGUUCUCCAGACUCAGGACACCCAUCGUCCCGUAACUUCUCCGUGACCUCGGCACUCUCAGACUGCUCUCCGAGCACAGAGGAGACAUCCACGCAAGAGUCGAGGCCCAAAACCGCAGGCCGAGAGCCACCGUCAGGAGACCAGACCGAAGAGAAGACCAAAGAGGUGCGACCGGAAAACAGCUCCACUACUCAGGACACGGUCAAAGAAGAUGCUGAGGUUUCACAAACAGAGAGCAUUGCUUCAGAAGCUGCAAUAAAACCUCUAGAAAGUGACAAACCCCAGACAUUGAGUUCAGAAGAAGACAAACCCCAGACUUUGAGUUCAGAGGACAAUAAACCUCAGACUUUGAGUUCAGAGGACGAAAAACCCCAGACUUUGAGUUCAGAGGACGAAAAACCCCAGACUUUGAGUUCAGAGGACGAUAAACCCCAGACUUUGAGUUCAGAGGACGAUAAACCCCAGACUUUGAGUUCAGAGGACGAAAAACCCCAGACUUUGAGUUCAGAGGACGAUAAACCCCAGACUUUGAGUUCAGGAGACGAAAAACCCCAGACUCUGUGUUCAGAGGACGACAAACCCCAGACUUUGAGUUCAGAGGACGAAAAACCCCAGACUCUGUGUUCAGGAGACGAUAAAACCCAGACUUUGAGUUCAGAGGACGAAAAACCCCAGACUUUGAGUUCAGAGGACGAAAAACCCCAGACUUUGAGUUCAGGAGAUGAUAAACCCCAGACUUUGAGUUCAGAGGACGAUAAACCCCAGACUUUGAGUUCAGGAGACGAAAAACCCCAGACUCUGUGUUUUGAGGACGACAAACCCCAGACUUUGAGUUCAGAGGACGAUAAACCCCAGACUUUGAGUUCAGAGGACGAAAAACCCCAGACUUUGAGUUCAGAGGACGAAAAACCCCAGACUUUGAGUUCAGAGGACGAAAAACCCCAGACUUUGAAGUCAGAAGACAAACUCCAGACUACGAAUUCAGAAAAAGACAAACUCCAGACUUUGAAUUCAGAAAAAGACAAACUCCAGACUUUGAAUUCAGAAGAAACAUCUAAGACAGAAACGCAUGAUGCGACAGAUUCAGAGGAUGAUGCAAACUCAAAAAACGCAGCUGAUUUGUCCCAAAGAGAAACUAAAAUGCAAAAUGUUGCUGGAAAAUCUGAACAAAAUGACAUGAAUCAAUCACAACAGGAUCUUGUCGAAGAAACAACCAAAUGCUCAGAGUCGAAAGAGGUUGAGAUUGAAGACCCAGGACAUGUGUCUUCUCCGUCUGGAGAAGAAAACCCAAAAUCAAAAGCAGACCCAGAAGCGUAUUUGAAAAUGGAUGAAGGCCAAGACGCCAAAUCUGAUUCACAGCCGUUGCUGGAUGUGACGAAAAUCUCUCAAAUGGAUGAAAAUAAACCUAAAUGUUCAUCUGAAGCACAGAAUGUGAUACAAACCCCGAAUGAAGCCAUCAGUGCACCGCAAACGAUCGGCUGGGACGCCGGUCGAUCCAUAAUCAAACAGAUCAAUGAAUCCGAGUCCUCCCUAUCGAAACAAUCUCCGGACAUGUCCGACGACUCGCCCUCGGCGCUGGAAAUGGAGGAUAUUGCUUCGUCGGUGGUUUAUAUGUCCUCGGAGAGCAGCGUGUCCAGGACGCCUCUGACUUUGGCUCGUCCCAUGGCGCCGGAGAAGAUAGUCGUGGGAAUGCCGGCUCUGGAGCUCUGCAUGGAGCCGAGCAUCAACACCAGUCCGGAGGGUACAGACUCCGCUCUCUCUGAGGAGGAACCGGAAAUGGACAACUCAUUCCCCAAACCAGACUCUCUAGCCGUCACCGGAGACAAGAACGACAUUGUGUCUCCAGUGUCGUCUAUCGGGACCACCUACUCGCAGGAGCUGGUGGACCUUUACACACUUAAUCUGCACCGCAUUGACAAAGACGUCCAGCGAUGUGACAGAAACUACUGGUAUUUCACCCCGGACAACCUGGAGAAACUGCGCAACAUCAUGUGCAGUACGUUUGGCAGCACCUUGACAUUGGAUACGUCCAGGGAAUGUGUGACUUACUAGCGCCCCUGCUGGUCAUCAUGGAUGAUGAGGCCAUGGCCUUCAGCUGCUUCACUGAACUCAUGAAACGAAUGAACCAGAACUUCCCUCACGGAGGAGCCAUGGACACACACUUCGCCAACAUGCGCUCCCUCAUCCAGGUU